AUGAACGUCGGCAUCAUGAAGCCCUUCAAGCCGCCGACCAUCUACAACCGGCCACAGACCACGACAAAUGCGUCUCAGCACUUCAGCCAAUCGCCUCCAGCCAAGAGACGGCGCAUCAGCGAAGAUGAAGAGGAGCGAGCCCAGACGACCAUCGCUGCAGCGAAAGUGCUCAAGAAACCCGAGCCUUCUCAGAAGUUUCAGUCGCCUUCUUUUCGCAGUCCUCUAGUCCCAGUUCCAAAUGGGUCUUCUCAGCCAAAUUCCAGCUCGGAGCCAGUGCAGGAGCAGUUCUUCGUCGUGGUGUGGCGAAAGUUCACCAUGAAGAAGAACAAAACCUGGGAUGGUGACGGCGUGCUAUCGGUCAAAGGCACCCAGGCUAGGUUACAGAACAUUGAUGGCAAAGACUUCGGCCGGGGCACCUGUAAAGGCCCGCUCAUGGUAGGAUCGGAAUUGUCCAUCGGUGGCAAAGACGUGGAGGUUGAAUCCAUGAUUUCCAGAGAUGAUUACAUUUCCGGCCGCGUCUUUCUGGGCAACGCAAAGGGUACUAAGAGUGCACCAACGCCUUCACUGAAGGAGAUCGAUGGCACCAGUCGCGUCUCGGCAAAAGAACAGGCGAAGUUUAAGAAGCUCGCCCUCACGCAGAAGAAGACUUCGCUCAAGCCUCCACCCAACAGUACGGCAAGCAGAGCAGCUUUCAAGGCACCGCUCAUUCAGAACCAUGUCCUGGCUCCAGUCAAGAACGCAAAAGUCCCGACUCCUCGCCACGCCAUUGACUCAGAUUCGCUGGUAAUGCAACGACCAAGUAAAGUCCCAAAGGGCAAGCAGAUCGUUGAUGUUGUGGUGGACCCGAUCCUGACACGCCAUCUGCGUCCACACCAGCGUCAAGGCGUCCAGUUCAUGUAUGAAUGCGUCAUGGGUAUGAAGGACUACGACGGGGAAGGCGCAAUUCUUGCAGAUGAGAUGGGUCUCGGCAAGACGCUUCAGACGAUUGCAUUGCUGUGGACGCUGCUAAAGCAGAACCCGAUUUUCGAGGAACCUCCUGUCAUCAAGAAGGCAUUGAUAGUGUGUCCAGUCACGCUGGUGAAUAACUGGAGGAAAGAGUUCCGGAAAUGGCUCGGAAACGACCGUGUUGGCGUAUACAUGGUAGAGAACAACAAGAUGAGACUCACAGAUUUCACUAGAGGCAGGGCAUACCAAGUGAUGAUCAUCGGCUACGAGAAACUCACGAAAGUCCAGAAGGAGCUCCAAGGAGCCUCGGGCAUCGACAUUGUCAUUUGCGACGAGGGCCAUCGACUCAAGUCAAGCACAAACAAAGCAGCAUCUGCGAUCAAGACUCUCAGCACUGAGCGUCGCGUGAUUCUGAGUGGGACCCCAGUGCAGAAUGACUUGGCCGAGUUUCACACGAUGGUCGACUUCGUCAAUCCUAACAUCUUGAGCAAAUACACGACCUUCAAGCGGGAAUUCGAAAAUCCUAUCGUCAAAUCACGGCAACCAGGAGCAGCGAAGAAUGAUCUAGAGAAAGGCGAGGCCCGAAGUGCCGAGCUGGCCGGGAUCACUGGGAAGUUCAUCUUGCGUCGUACGGCUGAAAUUCUGUCCAAGUACCUGCCACCCAAGACAGAGUACGUGAUCUUCUGCAAGCCGACCGAAACCCAGCGUAAGAUCUAUCGCCAUAUCAUUGGCACCCAGGCUGUCGCGUCCGCGCUGCGUGCAGGUGCCGGUGGCUUGGAAGGAAUCACAGCUCUGAAGAAACUCUGUAACAGUCCGACGCUCUUGCAGCAGAGGACCAAGUCGGGCGAGAUCAAGCGCAACGACCUUGUAGAGGGUGUACCUCCUCAACUGUUGACCACUCCAGGCACAAGUGCAAAGCUCUUAGUGCUCGACGAGCUAUUGGUCAAAAUCAGAAACGAGUCGGAUGACAAAGUUGUUCUGGUCAGUCACUACACAGAGACCAUGGACAUGUUGGCUACAUUGGUCACAUCCCUUGGUAUGGGGUAUGUUCGCCUGGAUGGCAGUGUAGCUCAAUCGAAGCGCCAGGAUCUGAUCGACCGAUUCAACAACACUCCACCGAGCAAAGUCUACAUAUUUCUACUGUCGGCGAAGUCCGGUGGUACUGGUCUGAACCUCGUCGGCGCCUCGCGGUUGAUCAUGUACGACUCUGACUGGAAUCCGGCACACGAUUUGCAAGCCAUGGCUCGCAUUCACCGCGAUGGACAGAAGAAGCCGUGUUAUAUUUAUCGCUUCGUAACUCAGGGUGUCAUGGACGAGAAGAUCUUUCAGCGCCAAAUCACCAAGACAGGUCUCGCAGACAGUAUUGUGGACGGGAAAGACGCCGCUAGCAACUUCACACAAAAUGACCUGCGCGACCUGUUCUCUUUCGACGAAGAGGAUGAUUGCCAAACGCAUCGCUUGCUCGGUUGUCAAUGCGAACAGAAUGGUCUGCCGUUCUCAGAAGCUGUCGAGGACGAAGUUGCAGAGCAAGUCGGCAGGAAUGAUCUUGCUAAGUUGAGUGGUGGCGAGAUCGAGGUGCUACAUCUGGAGGACAGUGACCAAGAGGAAGUCUACGUGCCAAAGAAAUGCACUACGACUUUGGGAAAUGUUGAUCGGGAUGCUCAGGAGGCCGAGAUUCUGCGCAAUGCUCGAGAAAGUCGCGACUCUGAAGGCAAGGCGAAGAUGCUGAGUCUCAUGCAGUACACUCACCUCGACACAUCUUUGACGAGAGGAGAGGAGCCAGCGCGCCGCAAGGGCUGGGAUGAAGAUGACGAGGAUACCAGCAACGAGGGUGAUACCUCCACGAUGAGUAUCCUUGAUGCAGCGAUCGAUGACGCCGCUUUGCGAAAUGUCAUUCGUGAUGUCGGGCAGAGAAUAGGCUACGUGAUGACGAAAAUGGGUACCUCGCGGAACGAGGAGGGAGCAGCAGAAGAAACAAAGGGAUAGACAUAGAUCAUCACGGCUUCAUGUGUGACGACAGAAAUGGCUGUGUAUACUGACGAUGAAUGGCUGGC